AUGGCAAUGAUGGAUAAUGCACAUGAGGCAACCUCUGAGCUCAAUCAGCUCCAAAUUCAAAUUGGUCCUAUACCUGAAGAAAUUGGAGAAUUCACAUUGUCAUAUAAUCUCAACUUGUCGCAUAAUUCUUUCACGGGCAAAAUCCCAGCAUCUCUAGGAAAAUUGAUUCAUCUUGAGUCACUAGACUUGUCAAGGAACAAGCUUACUGGAGCGAUUCCUAUGCAACUCGCUAAUGGUCUUAUUUUCCUUUCUGUCCUCAACCUUUCGUUCAACCAAUUGGUGGGACAGAUUCCAUUCAUCAAGCAAUUUGCUACAUUUUCAGAAAAUUCCUUCAAAGGAAACGAAAGAUUAUGUGGUUUCCCUUUGAAAUCACCGUGCUCACAUGAGGAGCCACGGUUGUCACCUCCAACAUAUGAAGAACUUCAUUCAAAUUCUGGGACUGGGAUUGAGAGAAAUUAUAUAAGCAUUGAACUGGGAUUUGUUUUUGGCUUCGGAAUUAUAAUUGGGCCUCAGGCCUCUUAUGUUUUGGAAGAAAUGGAGGAUAUGGUACUAUAA